CGAAAGAUGAGAUGAGGGCGACAUGCGGAAUAAGGAAAACUAAAAUAUGUUAGAACGAGAUACGGCGAAGGUCAAAGGAUGUAUGCGUUACGAUGAGUAAUGAACUCUAAAGGCGAGUGGCACAGAGGGGGAAAGAUACGGUGGAAAUGACAAAUGAGCUGGUGGAGGAUGGAGAAGAGCAUGAGAAAUAUAUCGCACUGUCGACGGAAAAGGAUAUAUAUGAGGGAUAAGUAAAAGAGGGGUCAGGAACGGACGUAUCAGUACUCUAGACUCUGGCUGUAUUAGGGGAGGAGAGGAGAGGUAGACACGACGUGAAGCAGAAACAAAGGGUGGAUAGUUGACGGAGUCAAAAAUUACGGACGAGUACUCAGACAAAAUGAAUGUUAAUGGAGCGCACCGGACGAUGUCUUCUUCAACGUGUACAGUUUUCCACCGCCCCGGUGUGCGUGAUGCAUGUAGAGUGCGAGGAUAUUAUCGUGGACGUAGAAGAGCUUGCGUUGUCUCCAAACGCCUGGCAAUGGCAACGUAUAAUAUCCUAUACUCCGGCGACAUGAGUACUUAUAGCAUCGCUAUUCGAGGACCAGACUUCCUCCUUGAGAACCAGCCUCUUGAUGUGCGAGGUAUGGAGUGGACAUAUUGAGGAAUGUAGGCGGACGCAAGGACGAUUGUCUCAGGCUGAUAUGGCGGAAGAGAACCCGAAGUGUUUUUGAUUGAGAGAUGAGGAUCUUGAGCCAAGCUUAUGGCGUC